AAGAACACGCUGGUGAACUCCGUCCAGCGACAACUCGGUAUAAAUAUUAAAUAAACAGCCCAGAGACUGCGCGGUAAACAUCUGCAGCUGAGGUUACUAUAACUAUAAUAAGUUCCCGGCCGGCGGCGACGGUACGUGGAGAAGUACGUGGAUCGAGCUCGAUCAAGCUGACCAGGGAAGACAUGGCCUCUCUGCAGCAACGCAAGCAACGCAAGGAUGAGAGCGGCGGCGCCCACGCGGUUGCUGAUGAGGCGGUGCGCGGGACGGGAAAAGGCAAGAGCGAGGCGGCGCCGGGGCGCCGGAAGGUGACGUACGGGUUCCACCUGGUGGAGGGCCGGAUGCCGCACGGCAUGGAGGACCGCCACGUGGCCGAGUUCCGGAAGCUGGACGACGGCAACGAGGUCGGCCUCUUCGCGGUCUUCGACGGACACUCCGGCGCCGACGUCGCCACCUACCUCCGCGAGCACCUCUUCGACAACAUACUCAUGGACCAAUCGGGCUCCGAUUUCUGGACGGACCCGACGGAGGCGAUCCGGCGCGCGUACCACCGCACGGACCGGAAGCUGCUGAAGAAAACGGCGGGCGACGACAGCGGCGAGGGGAUGAAGAAGGGCAGGCGGCGCGGCGGGUCGACGGCGGUCACGGCGAUCCUGAUCAACGGAGAGGAUCUCGUGGUCGCCAACGUGGGCGACUCCCGCGCCGUGCUGUGCGACGCGGGCGGCAGGGCCAGGCAGCUGUCCGUGGACCACGAGCCGCUCCGGGAGCGCCGCGCCAUCGAGGCCCGCGGCGGCUUCGUCACCGAGAUCCACGGGGACGUGCCUCGCGUAGACGCGCAGCUGGCCAUGGCGCGCGCGUUCGGGGACCGGUCGCUCAAGGAGCACAUCAGCUCGGACCCCGACGUGGCCAUCGAGGACGUCGGAGACGGCGCCGAGCUGCUCGUGCUGGCGAGCGACGGGCUGUGGAAGGUCAUGUCGAACCAGGAGGCGGUCGACGAGGCUCGGGGCAUCGAGGACGCCCGGAAGGCGGCGGUCAGGCUCGUCGACGAGGCGGUGCGGCGGGGCAGCAAGGACGACAUCUCUUGCAUCGUCGUGCGACUGCACUAGCUAGUGAACAUCUGCUCGGUCGCCGGGCGAAUGUGUGCACUGUUUUAGCAUCAUAUGUGCAAGUUUACAUGAAACUAUGGAAGAUUACAUGUCAAAGCCCCCAAGAGUCCGUUUCUUUGCUUGGCUGCCUUCAAAAGACAAACUCUAAACUCUUGUGAAUUUGCACAAGAGAAAAAUUCUAGAUAAUGAAAUCUGUGAAGCCUGUUCUAUAGCGCCUGAAAUUACCUCUAAUAUUCUCUUUCA